AUGUCAGCAGCUACUGAUACCAAGCCUAACGUCGAAAAGAAGGCUAAAGCACCCAAGGCCUCCAAAGGCAAAAAUGAAAGCAGCCCUUACCCUCUUGAGUUGGAUCCUGCACCUGAGUAUCUUCAACACCGUAUUGAAGUUUUCGAUAGAUUAAAGGCUGCUGCUGAUGCGGAAGUCGCUAAGAAACCACGUGAACCCAUCACUAUCACCUUGCCUGACGGUUCUAAGAAAGAAGGCACUUCUUGGGAAACCACUCCUUUAAGCAUUGCCAUCGAAAUCUCAAAGGGUCUUGCUGACCGUGCCAUCAUCUCUAAGGUCAACGGCGUUCUUUGGGAUUUAACCCGUCCUCUUGAAGAAUCCUGUUCUUUGGAAAUUCUUGACUUUGAAAAUGAUGAAGCCAAGUUAGUUUUCUGGCAUUCUUCUGCCCAUAUGUUGGGUGAAGCCUGUGAACGUCAUUAUGGUUGUAACCUUUGUAUUGGUCCUCCAUUGAAGGAAGGUGGUUUCUAUUAUGAAAUGGGGGUCAAAGAUCGUGUUGUUUCUCAACAAGACUAUCCUAACCUUGAAAAAAUUGUCAGCUCUGUUGCCAAGGAAAAGCAACCUUUCGAACGUCUUGUUCUUUCAAAGGAAGACCUUUUGGAAAUGUUCAAGCACAACCCAUAUAAGGUCCAUAUCAUUAAGGAUAAGAUCCCCGACGGUACUUCCACCACCGUUUACAGAUGUGGUCCCUUGAUUGAUUUGUGUAGAGGCCCUCACGUUCCUCACACCGGCCGAGUUAAAGCUUUCACUGUCACCAAGAACUCUGCAUCUUAUUUCUUGGGUGAUGCUAAGAAUGACUCUCUGCAACGUAUAUAUGGUAUUUCCUUCCCUGAUAAGAAGCUUAUGACUGAUUACAAGAAGUUUAUCGAAGAAGCUGCCAAGAGAGACCAUCGUAAGAUUGGUAAGGAACAAGAACUCUUCUUCUUCCAUGAAUUGUCACCCGGUUCCUGCUUCAUGCUUCCUCACGGUGCUCGUGUUUAUAAUUCUUUGAUGAAUUUGAUUAAGGAAGAAUACCAGGUUCGUGGUUUCACUGAAGUUAUCACACCUAAUAUGUUCAACUUGAAACUCUGGAAGCAAUCUGGCCAUGCUGACAAAUAUAAGGAAAAUAUGUUCUGCUUCGAAGUUGACAAGGAAGAAUUUGCUUUGAAGCCAAUGAACUGUCCUGGUCACUGUUUGAUGUUUGGACACAAGGAAAGAAGUUAUCGUGAGCUUCCUAUUCGAUUUGCUGAUUUCGGUGUUCUUCACCGUAACGAAUUUUCUGGUGCUCUUUCUGGUUUGACUCGUGUUCGUCGUUUCCAACAGGAUGAUGGCCACAUUUUCUGUCGCGCUGAUCAGAUCGAACAAGAAAUGGCCAACUGUUUCGAGUUCAUGGAUCACAUCUAUGGUAUUUUCGGUUUUGAAUUCCACUUAAAACUUUCGACUCGUCCUGACAAUUAUAUCGGUGAACUUAGUGUUUGGGACCAUGCUGAGAAGGUAUUGGCAGAUGCUUUAGAUACUUUCAGUAAGAAGAAGGGUACUACUUGGGAUAUCGAUCCUGGAGAUGGUGCAUUCUAUGGUCCUAAGAUUGAUAUCACUAUCUCUGACGCUUUGCGCAGAAAGUUUCAAUGCGCCACUAUCCAACUUGAUUUCCAAUUGCCCGAACGUUUCAAAUUAGAAUACCGUACUGAUAAUACUGAAAAUGUCAUGGCACGUCCUGUCAUCAUUCACCGUGCCAUUCUUGGUUCUGUUGAACGUAUGAUGGGUAUCGUCAUCGAACACUUUGCUGGCAAAUUCCCCUUCUGGUUGUCACCUCGUCAAGUUCUCGUUGUUCCUGUUGCCGCUGCUUUCUUUGAUUAUGCUCAAGAGAUCGUCGACAAAUUGACCGCUCUCAAUAUGUUCGCUGAUGCCGAUCUUAGCGACAACACACUCAAUAAGAAGAUCAGAAAUGGUGAACUUGCACAAUAUAACUUUAUUUUCGUCGUUGGUGAAGUUGAAAAGAGCACUCGCUCUGUCAAUGUUCGUAACAGAGACGAUGUGGGCACCAAGGCUAAGGGACAAACUAUUCCUUUGGAUGACGUUAUUAAGAGUCUUCAAAAUUUGAAAGGUAGCAAAAGCUCAGAAAAUAAGCUUUAG